GCGCCGUUUUCAUAUUUCAAACGGUUUUUGUUUCGUAUUCUAUGGCGUUUGUCAAAUCUAAAAGAUUGUAAUUGUGUUAUUUUUAUAAUAAUUAUGUCCAUAUUCAAUGAUUUAUUACCUAAAAUCAAAAAAAUACCAAACGCUUUCAUCAAAAGUUUUAAUGAUGAUCUUAAGAUUGCGUUUGACAAUUUGGAUAAGUUUGAGGAGGAAUUUUUAAAAGCGAAAGGAAAGGCGCGAGAUAAAACUCAAAAGGAGAAAAAUACUACAACACUCCAAAGUAUACACGAGGAUGAAGAUGAAUCAACAAAAUCAGACGCCAGCUCGCAGCACAGGUCUAGCGCCAAAUCAGUCACGGAGACAACGGGCAAGAGUUCAGUGGAGAGUGAACCUGACCAGCCGAAGAGGGCAUCUAAAAAGCGGAAUAAGAAUGAGGUGGACGAUGUCUUCAGUCCGGAGCAGGACAAGAGACUAAAGCGAAAUGCUUCUGUUAAAGCACAGAGCAUUAUUUCUAAACAGGUAAAUGUUAACUUAACACAAAAGUUGAGGCGUGAGAACUCGACAGAGAAGGUGGAGAAACCGCAGUCUUCGAGAAGCAGGCGCCGCAAGGACGAUGACAAGGAAAACACACAGCCGAUCAUACAAAUCAAAGAGGAGAAGGUGUCGUUGCCUCCUGAGCCAGAGUUGAUGGAGAUGGAAUCAUUGCCUCUCAUCAUCCCGAUCAAACAGGAGGUGGAUAAGGACGAUAUCGCCAUGCCACCGCCGCCAGUGCCGUUGCCCAAAGCACGCAGAGCGGCUGCGAAGGAGAAACCGAAGGAGGAUGAAAGCAGCGAAGACGAGGGCGGCAGGCGGCGAACCACGCGCACCAGGAAACAGACUGACACCGCGCCUGUGGCAGCCCCGCGGUCCACACGUGGCUCCCGCGCGACGCAGGCCGAGGCGGAGGAGCCCGCGCCCACCGACGCUAGGCCCAAACGGACCAGGGCAAAGAAGAAACCAACUGAUGUAGUCAAUGGCGAUGUAGAAAAGGAUGCACAGGCUUCAAUACUCAGUGGAAUUGAAUCUUCCACUGAGAAACCAAGACCGAAGAGAACAAGAAAAAUACAAAAGGCGGCUUACGUCGAUACCGAUAAAGAGUCCGAACCAGAGACACAGCCAGAACCCAUUGUAUCACCAAAGGAAGAGAGGGUGUCCGCACCAGAGGUGAAAUCGCCGAUACUGCCGCUCAAAGUGAAAAACAACAUUAAAGAUAAGGACAAACAAGAGACAGAGAAAAAAGACAAAGAGAAGGAAAGAGUAGAAGUGGACGCGAUAGAAAAGGAGAUAAUGAAUGAGACUCAUGUGUUGAAGGACACGCCAGCUGUCACAGACAUGGACAAGACUGUUAUACUGCCAAACGGACAUACGGCGCCCGCGCAGAAAACUAUGAAUAUGAACGAGACAGUGGUGCUAGAAACAAGGCCGGCCAUGGACGCAACUGUAGUACUCAACAAUGAUCCGAAAGGCGUGGACAUUACGGAUGACAACUCUCUAAUUACUGACGACAGCGAUUCUGCGCACACGCCACCUCCGAAACAACCACCUACAGUUCAACCCACGUCUGCUGUGAAAGAGAAGGUCCAGCAGUUCGAAGAGAUGGCGUCGCGAGUGACUCGCACAAAGACCAGAGCCAUGGCCAAAAAGGAGGACCCAGUAGAGAACCAAACGCCGCCCGAUAAGAUAGUGAAGGCGGUGCUGUCGUCUGACACGUUGCACAAAAUGAACGACAUGAUCUUCAACGGGAAGCCGCCCCAGCAUCAGACGUCGAGUUCAGCGGUGAAGCCCCGCGCGGCGGUGCCGGUGCCGAAGGUGGCGUCGUCCGCGUCCAAGCUCAGCGCGCUGCGCGCCGCGCGCGACGCCGAGGAGCGCGACCGCGAGGACGCGCGCAGGAAGAAGGAGGCCCUGCUCGACGCCAAGCGGGAGCUGCAGCGGAAGAAGCGCGAGGAGAAGAUGGCAGCGGCGGCGGCGGCGCGCGACGCGGCCGAGCGCGAGCGACGCGCCGCGCACUCCGCCGCCGCCUCGCAGCGGGACAAGCGCCAGCACCAGCUCGACUGCGGGCGGCAGGACCGGCUGCGAGACAUCGAACGGAAAAAAAUGGAGCUUGCGCGUAAAGUAGCCGAGACGGAAGAGAGGCGACGCGCGGAGGAACUAGCGCGACGGCAGAGGCUCGCCAGCGAACAACGCAAGGCGGACGAGCAGCGACGAAGACAACUCACAGAGGCAGAGAAUGUGAGGAAAGAGGCGGCCUUGAUGGAGAAAGAGAUAGAGAAAAGGCAGAAGGAAUAUAUGGAGAAACAGAAGAUGAAGCACAGGAUCGAGGAUAAAAUGCACACUCCGCUGAAGACUGUGAACGGCGUGACCACCGGCGUGGGCGCACACCACAUGGAGCCGGUGUACAUGUGCGACGGGUUCCAGUACCUCGUCUCGGACGAGGACUCCGACCCGCCGGAGAGACCAGUGCCAGACUGGUCCACUUCUAAGGCGCGUCGGCUGCAGCUGACGGUGCAGAGCGGCGUGGCGGCGGCGCACGUGGACCGGUUGUUCAGCGUGCGCGUGCACAGCCCGGACCUGCGGCUGAUCUUCCCCGACAUCGAGCGCGCGCGUCUCAAGCGCACCUCCUCCGCCGUGUGGCGCACGCCGCCGCGCCUGCCCGCGCUGCAAGAGUAAAUUGGCCAACGCUGUUCAACCGGCUAAAGAAUAUCACUAUAAAUAAACAUAGAUCAUUCAUCGGGCUAUAUCGGCGUUUCCCGCAAGUGGAGUAAGGAACAAUCAUCUGUUAUACUUGAGGCAUGGCAGAGGAUUAUAAGUUUGUCAAUAUAUAUCCAAUUUUAAGCUAAUCGAAAUAAGAUACGUAUUUCAGUGGCCUUCCGAGUAUUGAGGAAUAGUGCCAAUUUUCGUAAAUUUUGGACUGGAAGUGCUUGUAGGGUUGCAACUGUCAUAUCACUGUGUGCAUUAUGCAUAACUAUUGUCUCUGGUUAGCUGUAUUUGUGAGAGGGCACCAUUCCAGAUAUAUAGUACGUUAAACUGCGGAUGUAUCAACCCACCAAUCAGAUCGCUUGAUUUCAUAGCUUAGCUUCCAAACGACCACAAUCAUGCAAUCCUAUUGGUUAGACACAUUAUCUGUGGCAUUCAAUUAUUACUCUUGUGCCAUUGAAUUACGUGUCAAUGUUGAUCUUAAGAUUUUUAUUCCCCAUUCGUAUGGGGUUAUAAAGUGUAAACCGUGUAUCUAGCUGUUAAAUGUGUUAUUUGUCGUAUACCUAAGAAAUUAUUUAAGUUAGGCUGUUAGUAUAUUUUCGUGUUUAUUAUUUACACUUUAUUAGCGUAAUAUCAGCAAUUUUAGUAUAAAUGCGGGGAUAUUUGGAUGGGUUUUUUGACAACUUUUGACCAGUUCUUAUUUAUUGACUUACAAUUGUAUGAAAUAUGAUUUUGUAGCAUUAAUUGGACAUUUAAUGUGUGUACAAUACGAUAAUUGCUAAAGUGUAUCAAGAAACUAAUCGUACUUCAUAUUCACACAAAAUAAACUAUGUAUAAGGCGCGGCGUCGACUAGAGCAAAGUCAAAGUUCGCCGAGUCGAAUCGUAUUUAUUCUUAUAUGCGCAGUGAGUCAGCUUGGCGCGUUCCUAAUGAACACAGUUUCAGUAAAUGUAUAGCUGACGAUACUUUAAUGCAACUCCAUUAUUUUCGACUUUGCAAACUUAUUUGACGCUAGCCUUAAUAUUUAGAAGCUUGCCAAACACCAUUUUUUCGCGUUGCGGCAUCAACCUGUUUAUGAACAGUCACGACCAGGCCGGCAUAAUUGUGUCGACUGGCGAAGGAUAAUCAUCUCCACUGAACUGAAGUCGAGACACUGACUUGUUGUCUACACCCUUGUCACACUUUAGAAAAAUAUUAUUGUGACGCCCUGCCGCUACGAAUCAACUUCGGGCCGGCUUUCGUGCAAUAAGCAUGAAAUUAAACUGUUCCACAAAAACAUCAGAAGAUCGCGAAAUACAAAAAAAAAAAUACCGCUGAGUUUAAUGACCGCCUGGUUCUUCAGUUGCAAUGAUCAAAUUGCAAACACUAAGUUGAUUCCAAUGAAAUAUAUAUUUAUUUAAAUAAACUCGGACAAGACCUUCAAUAAAUGAUCCGAUGCUAUAUUCAGAUCAAUCAAGAACCAAUCAAAUCAUCUGUAAGCCAAACUUCGCGAUCGAUCUGAAGAUAGCAUAGUUCCUCUAUCUGCCACCCGCUGUGUAUGAUAUGUUAAGUACAGUAAGGCGCAGUUUCAUCCGUGUUCAAGUAAGGAUCUAGUCACACUGGUGCAUUGCAAGCGAAUUCAAAGCGGCGAGUGACGCUCGUCCAGUGUAAUAAGAACUUACUUAAUCAUGGUUGAAACAAUAGCCUCUAAGGGGGCGCUAGCCGCUCGCCACUCGUCUCCUACUGCUGCGUCUCGAUCUACAGACUGGACCCUGCAGUUCUAGAGUAAUUUAAUGUUAAGACUGUUUUGUAAUUACGAAAGAAACAUUAAAAUAAUUUACGUCAAGUA